AUUUCCCAGUAGUGCUUUCAGCCCAACAGCACACAGCCUCGUUCAAUCCUGGACCUUGGCAUAUGCCCUCCCCACAAGCUUACCCAGCUGCCCCUCAGGCCCACCCCGAGGAGCUCUUCCGCAAUUUCAGGGCUCCUCCCUUGUCCUGAAUCUCGUGAAAUCCGAUAUAAGCGCCCCCGGCGCCUUGACACAUGGCCAUAGAUAAUAACCCCAUACCACAAACGAGACUCUCUGACUCUACGUAAAAGAGAGUGUGCGCCGGCCCGGACCACGACCCGACCAGGCAGACAGGAUUCCCAGGAACCCCGCGGCUGAACCACCACCGCAACCCGCGACCCGCGACCGAGACCCUGACCGUGACCAGGCCCGACUGACCUCGAGCGGCCCUUAUCAAAUCUAUUUAUUGUUGUUUCUGGCCUGCAAGCAGCUCGCCAACACCCGGCCCCAACGACCCCAACGACAUCAUCGAUCCCUUCGAGUCACUGUCGCUGUCGCAUUUCCUCUUGGCACGCCUUUUGGGACUUGGAAUCGACCAUCUCAAAAACAAUCCGACUCCACCUUCCCCUUUCUCUCAUCUGUCCCAACCUAUCGCGCGCAGAGGUGCAACGAAGCCAGACCGCACAGCACACACGCACACACACACAUCAUGGCCUACAACAAGCCUUACAACCCGGAUGCCCUCCCACAGUUCGCCGAGCCCGAGCGAAAACAUGCCUCCCCUUCCCCCUCCCACUACGAGAACAAGCCAAUGCCCCCUCGGCCCCAGGAGGGCUACGGACGCCCACACGCCGGCUCCGCGGGGCGUCUCUCACCGGCAGGUCACCAGUCCGGAGGUCAUCACAACACCCACUCGGGCGUAAUGUCUCCGCCCCCCACCGGCGGUCCAAGGCCCAUGCCUCACACCCGGCCCCCUCCAGUCUCGAGACCUCCGCCCAGCCCCGCGCCCAAUGACGGCGGGGCCGACCCCACGCUGCUGCCGCUCUUCAGAGCAGUUGACAAGGACGGCACCGGCCAGCUCUCGGAGCGCGAGCUCUCCGCCGCCCUGGUCAACGGCGACUGGACCGCCUUCGACCCGCACACGGUGCGCAUGAUGAUCCGCAUGUUCGACAGCGACCGCAGCGGCACCAUCGGCUUCGAGGAGUUCUGCGGCCUGUGGUCCUUCCUGGCCUCGUGGCGCACCCUGUUCGACCGCUUCGACGCCGACAAGAGCGGCAACAUCCAGCUCGACGAGUUCAACAACGCCCUCGUCGCCUUCCGCUACCGCCUCUCCGAGCGCUUCGUCGAGCUGCUCUUCCAGACCUACGACAAGCGCAACGAGGGCGUCCUGAGCUUCGACCUCUUCGUCCAGGCCUGCAUCUCCCUCAAGCGCAUGACCGACGUCUUCAAGAAGUACGACGACGACCGCGACGGCUACAUCACCCUCAGCUUCGAGGACUUCCUGACUGAGAUCCUGAGGCAGCUCAAGUGAGCCGGCGCAUCUGGGUGUUGGGCGGGGGGCGGCGCAUGGUGGACAGCUGUGGCAUCCUGGCGCAGCAGCAGCGCUGCUGGAGGAUUUGCUUUGGACGUUGCUUUGGACGUUUUGGCCAUCAUCACAACGAUAGAGGGGGUUAUGUGGCUUCUGGGGGGUAUCUGACACGGCCAGCAUUACAGGUAGUGGCUAGAGGAGAGUUGAUACCCUGCGAAUAUGAUCACGUCUAUCUGAAAAGGGGUUACAUAUACACGACAUCUAGCCCUAGGGCCUUGGUAGAUAAAAAUGGCAAGGUCGUGUGACACGCCGUCAGCUUCUCAUCUACUGCCAAGGCCAGAGGCCAGCAUCAUGAAGCCCUGUGUGUGAUACUGACAGGCUUUGCCAUUGACGCAUCUAGACAUGUUGGGAUUCAGUCUUGGGACCGAGGCAAUAGUUUACAUUGGGCAACACGGUCUUGCCAUUUA